AUGCGCAAACCACCGCCUGAAGACAUGAAAGCGCAAAACGCCGAGGAGCGAAAGCCCCUCACCGGGGAGAUAGGCUCAACCCCUUCAAAACCGCGAACAACCGGUCCUCCACCAACAGUUGGUGUUCUUCGGAUGACUGAUGAGCUGCCAAGCAAGAGCAACGUCGAUAUUAUUAUCCAACAACCCACCGACUCGGAGGACGGAAUCCGGAAAAGAGGAAGCCUGGAGGGCACGGUGCUUCAUCCUGAUAAGAGUGGCGCCGUCUCGCUGACGAUCCCAGAUGCGAACGUCUCGCACGUGCAAGUGAUUGAUGGCGGCGGUCUGCGGAAGACGUUCUCCAUGGAGAACAUCCGCACAAAACUACGCGAUCAGCGCGAACGCUUUCAACGCCACCAAUGCGCGGGGAUAAUCCUUUUUCUGAUCCUCGGAACCAUCUGCCAAAUGUUGUCGUAUCUUGCGUCGGUUUGGGCCGCACAGCUGAACGCGGAGAUCAUUCAGGCGGCCGUCAGCAACGAGCACGCGCUUAAAUUUAACCUCAAAAAGAAUAUGGCCACUGGGCCCUCGAAAUAUCUGAUUGGGCUGCUCAAUUUUGGUGGUCGUCUACUCAGCGCUAUUGGAACUGUAUUGUUAGUACAGGUGAUCGUCUCCUACUGCAAAAGAAGACGCUACAAUACAGUGUUGAAGAGCGCGGCUGGGGAAUCUGACGAAUUGAUUGGCGAAAUUCAUGGGGGGAUCACGGAGUAUGCAGGAGAGGGAUGUGUGUCUUGUUUCCAGUCACUCACC